AUGGUUGAACCUAGUCAAUAUAUCUCGGAUUUAUAUGAGAAUAAUAUAGAGGAAAAUGCAACGGACAAUGUUACAAGUGAGGAGGAUGAUGAUCAAUAUAGAACACCACCAAGGUUAACAGCAUCAACACCACCAAGGUCUACAUCAUCAUCACCAUCAAGUUCAGCAUCAUCAUCACCAUCAACUUCAAUAUCGUCAUCAUCAUCAAGUUCAACAUCACGAUCAAUUAAAAGAAAAAUUUUAUUGGUUGUUAUUUUAUUUAUUAUUGCUUUGUAUAAAGUUCUUGAUGGUUUUGGCUAUGCAGAUGAAAUUCCAUAUUUAACCCUUUCAAUCCCGCAUGGCAUCUACGAGAUGACAUGCUGA